AUGUCGAUAUGUGUGAAUCAUAUCUUUACUGAGUUAAAUUUGGAAUUGUUCUCAAAUUUUAUUACGUUUUUAAACUCAAUCAUUUUUCAGGUAAAACUCACUGACACUUCAUUAUUCUCUUCUGAGAGAAGUUCCGAUAUAUAUGUUAAAGGGUGGAUAAAAGGUGUUGGAAUCGACGAUCAAAAAACCGAUGUUCAUUACAGAUCGUUAUCUGGUGAAGGAAAUUUUAAUUGGCGUUUUAUAUUUCCAUUUGAUUAUAUUAAAGCAGAAGAUAGAAUAAUUUAUCCAAUUAAAGGAUCAUUUGACAUUGAACCACAUAUGAUUAAAGCGAAUUGUGAAUUAACAUUACAAGUAUGGGAUGCUGAUCUUAUUACAAGAGAUAAUUUUAUUGGAUCAAUUACAAUGCGUCUUUCAUCUUUACCACGAUGUGCAAAAACAGCAAAAAGUUGUGGUCUACAUCAACUGGAACCAGAUUGUCCAAGAUUUUCAAUGUUCAAAAAUCGGACAGCACGUGGAUGGUGGCCAGUUACUGCUGAAGAAGAAGAGGAAAUUAUUGUUCAAGGUAAAAUUGAAUGUCAGUUGGAAAUGUUGAGCAGUGCUGAAGCUGAAAGUAAUCCUGUUGGUAUAGGUCGUGAAGAACCCAAUGGACUGCCGAAACCAGAGUAUGUUUUUUGA